AGAAGAAGAAGAAAAAAAAAGCCCAGCAUGCAUCACGUUAACAGAUUGAAUGUGCCUUUUUUCCCGCCUCUUUAGCUGAGCUGCUCUGACUGGUGACGACUGAGCAAAGACGAAAACACAAACAGUCCGGCUGUGAAGAAAAGGACAAAAUGUCAGAGAUGAUUUCAGAGACAGAGUGGAAAGAAACCCUGACCCUCAUCCUGGAGGAACUGAGGUCACAACAGUUCACAAAGAUGCUGGAAAUGUUGGAGAAAAUCCCCAGAAGUGUGAAGACUGAAAGGUCCAGAGAAGAGAUGCCCAAAAUCAUCAUCGAGCACUACGGAUUAGAGGGUUCCAUCUCUGCAAUCGCUGAUGUAAUGGAUCUGAUCCCGCGGCGGGAUGCGAGAGUCCAGGACCCGCUGCACACCUUUGUGAAGAAGCUGAGGAAGAAACAGAAGAAAGAGACGAAGGGGAAGAAGCGGAAAUGCGAAAGUGACUUGGAUUCAAAGGAUAACAAGAAAGAGGCUGCAGCCGGGUUUAUGAAGAACGGUAUCAUAAGUGACUCAGACUCCUCGGAUGAGGAGCGAGAGGCUGAUCAACAGAAGAGCUGCAAAUCUGACAAGGAGAACAUUCCCUCUUGGAGGAAAACCAUCCAUGAUCUAAGGAACAGUGAUGGCCUCUGUCAAAAACCCAUAGUUGGGAAAAUUGUGCAGAAAUCUGCUCUGCGUAUCUAUGUAACUAAACAGAAGGUGAAAAGGUUCUUCUUUUAUGUGGCGCUUGCUGAUGAGACAAACUGCAUUAAAGCAAUGGUUUAUGGAGAAGAACGCUUUAAAAAAAUCACGGAAAAGAAUUUCUACAUGUUCAGAAAUUACAAAAUGGAAAUGUGUGAUUACACUAAUGAGAACAACAUGAAAGUGUUUAAAGACAGCACAGUGUCGAGGACGCCCCCUGUUGAUGUUCCAGAGGAGCUGGAGGUGGAAGCUCAGAUGCUCAUUUAUCGCUACAGUCCUGUUUGCUCCAUCGCAAAGGCCAAAUUAUUUGAUGCCAAAACAUUAGUGAGCGUUGAAGGAACUGUAACAAAGAUCGAUCCUGUUGAACACGUCAAACUGAAAACCAAACGGGGGAAGAAAGAGAAGCGAGACUUCAUCCUUAAAGACGACACUGAUUCCAUCAGGAUCACCCUGUGGGGCAAAGACAUCCAGCAGUUCAGAGAUAAAUCACAUGGAGACUUUGUCCGAGUGACCAACGUGAAGACCAGUGUCUACUAUGACAUGGUGUCGCUGAACUCAACUGAUUACACCAGAAUUUUGAAGAUCCAAAAUGCUGAAGUCCAGAACGUGACGUUCAAGAUUAUAGGAAUCACAGCCACCAACAAGAUGGAGACUCACCUGGAGGCAGAGAUUAACGGCCAGGUGGAGACAUUCUUUGUGGAGUCUAAACUCCUGGCAAAGGCGGUUGGUGUCAGACUGGAGGGGGACUUUGAGGAAAGGCUCCUUCAGAACAUGCCCUUCUCAGCAGAUGUAGUAUUACAAGGAAGCAAGAUUAAUAAAAUCACAGCUGCUGAAAAGAUGUAAAAAUAACUUUCAUUAUUCAGAGUGGACGGUUUCCUGUUUAUUAGUAACUGAAGAUGUGCAAACAGUCAGAGGCAGAAAACCUGCUGGUACAAUGUCAGGAUACUAGACAAGGACUUUUCCUCUUCUGCAUUUAAUUUUAAUUAAUGAGAUUAUUUUUCACUUGUGUCUGUUGGUUUGUUUAUUUGUCAGCAGGUUGACACAAAAAUUACAAAAACAAUUUCCAGUAAACUUGGUGGAGGGAUGGGGGAGGGGCCUAGGAAAAGAGCAUUAAAUUGUGGUGGUAAUCUGGUGAAAUAUUUUUAUCACUUUUCUUAACAUUUCUUAACAUUUUGUCAGAAAACAAUGUUUUGAUCAGACGUAUCCAGACAAUAAUCAUGUAAUAAUCUGGAGGUAUGUGCCAUUCUGGUUUUAUGGAUACCUACACUCACUGAGCACUUUAUUAGGAACAUCACCUCAUACUGGGUAGUUCCUCCUCUGCUCUCAACCAAUUAGAUCUUCAUGUCAUCGAUCCACCAGAUGUCAGAAACUUUCCUUUGAGAUACUUUUAUUUUCAAGAUUUUAAUUAUGUUUAACCUGUUUUUAUUUUUAUCAGAUUCAUUGUUUGUUAAACUGUGGUUAAACUUUGUUUGUUUUAUUUCCACAUAUACUGUUUGUCAUUAUGAUUAUAUUUGUCUGUUUUUGAUGCACUUUGAUGCAAAACUUGUUUUUAGCUUUCCUUGACGGUUUUGAUGGUUUAUUCUUUUAAUACAUCUAUGAAAAAUUUCUUUUAAGAUUCACCAUAAAGUCACAAUCAUAAUAUUGUGUAACUGAUUAUACUGUUUUUUUUUUAGUA